CUCUGAAUUUGCCUCAGAUGCAGAGACACUCCUGUAAUUUGCCUAAAGAUCCCAAUUACAGGAUGAUGAAAGCGUAAAGAUGAAGAAGUCUAUCUAUAAUCUCUUAACCGUCUCUUCUUUGUUAAGUGGCCAACUCAGCUUCACUCAAAGAGGCUUCUUGUGCCAAGGUCAGCUUCUGUACUCAUCAUGUAUGUAAUAAGAUAAUAAAAAAAAAAAGUUUAGAUAGUCCUUUGUUUAGCAAGUUUAAUAACAGGUAGAAAGCUCACCAAAAAUCGGACAACAUUACAAUAAAGAAAAGGAAAAACAAAUAAUUCUGAGAAUAAAUACGAAAAAACUUUGAACUGCUCGGAAGCUCAACAAAAGGCGAGACGAGAGAGAAGAGGACGAAAAAAUCGAAUCUUCUAAAAAGAAGAGGAAGGAGACGCCAAGUUUUCUUGAAUGGAGCCUCCUCCAGAAAGAUCGAAACGCCUCCACAACUUCACCUUACCUUACCUCCGCUGGGGUCAACAAAGAUUCCUCAGAUGCGUCAAUCUACCAUCACAUUCCCAUCAUCCAUCUCCUUCUUCUUCUCCCUCUCCAGAUCACGCAAGCCAGAGAUCUUCCCCCAUCGAUGGAGCUGUGGCGACGGCUCGGCCGUGGAAUCUAAGGACGAGAGGAGCUGCGUGUGGUGAACCAGGUGACGGAUUGCCGGCAAUGAAGAGAGGUAUAGGCGAAGAAGAAUCGGAGAAGAAUGAGAAACUGAAAUUCUCGGUUUCGUUGUUGAAAGCAGAGAUUGAAGAGGAUUACUCAAUUAUUACUGGGAAAAGACCUCCGAGGAGACCUAAGAAGAGACCAAGAAUUGUUCAGAAGAAACUCAAUACGAUUUUUCCGGGGAUGUGGUUGUCAGAAGAAGUUACAAUAGAUUCAUAUAAUGUCCCUGAAGCUGUGGAAACGUGACAAAGGUCUUAACUUCCUGUGUUAUCUUUGUUUUAUUGCUUCUUGAGACAUUGUCAAGCUCUCGUAUUCACCAGUUUAUUCAUAAUGUUACGAUUGUAUCUUCACCAGACUAGUUGUAACUUUUCUUCCGUUUAUCCAUCAAGCAUUAAAGAUGGCUUGAGUCUUGUUGAUAGUCUUGUUGUUGCCAGUGCUGGUAUAUUAAUAGCUAUGCAAGAUUUCUUGUUCUCGAGUA